AUGGCAUCGUCUAAUAAUGGAUUUGAGUCAAUAAAUCUAGCUUCCACUAUUCUGGGACCUUAUCAAGAAGAAGACACCCCUAUCAAACGUUUACAUUCUAUCCCCGCUUCCACCUCCGAAGAUGAAGAUGAACUCGAUCCCGAAGAGUUCAUUUUAAAUAAAGUAGAUAAACCAGCUACAAAAGACUCACAUGUGCUGUACAAUAAAUUUCUGGAUAAGCAUAUAAGUGAUGAGCAACUAUCACACUUACUCGACAAUCAUAAACCCAAUCUAGUGACUACCACAACUUUAAUUGAUUCUAUCAAAGAAAGUGAACUGUUAUAUAAUACCAUGGACAGUUUGAUGAUAAAAUCCAUCAAUUUUCCUGCAGCCAUGUACCAGUCAAAUGACAACAAUUCACAAUCACCAAUCGAGUAUUUAUCUAACAGAGUAAAAUUGCUCACACAAGAGUUAUACGAAGAUUCAGUCAAAUAUGGCAAGUUUCUACAGAGUGGUAAUAAUCAUAUAUAUCAAUUACGAAGUAGGAUUUUACAGACCUUUGAUCAGUUGUCAGAGAGUCACUAUUCUUUAAAUGAACUAUAUAAUAAAGACAUGUCUUACGCAGAAACAUUACACGGAUCUUUCAAGAAAUGGGAUCAACAAAGAAAUAAAGUAUUGUCCAAAGUGAAGUCUAUAAAAAGUGAUACAAGCAAACAUGGAGCCAAAUUAUUCACCUUAUUAGAUGAAGUUAAUGAUGUUGAUGACGAGAUCAAACUUUUGGAAGCAAAACUACAGCAGCUUCGAUCUAAAAAAGAAAUUUUAAAUAAAGAAAUUGAAGAUACCAGCAGUGUUUUGGAAAGCAGAACAGCAAAAUAUGUUGACAUAUUUAAGGAUUUGGAAAACAAAGGUAGGUCAGCAAUUACUGAUUUCCUUCAGUCCAAUGGUGUUCCCGAAAAAGAAAUUGAUACAAUUGUGAGAUUCUCACCUGUUGAUAUUACGAUUUCUAGCAACUAUUCACUGAAAAAGGAACCAAAGAAAGAGAUUCACAUUACAAAAGAGUCAAUUCCUCAAAAUGAGUCGGCUAGUAAACCCGCAAAUACUCCCAGUAUAGGUAUGCAACCGUUUAUAAUACCUGAAGCAGAAGCCAAUACCAAAACACCGGAUUUGCAAUCAAUGAACCACGAUCAUGGGCCUACUCCUUUUGAAAAAGGAUAUGCUAUGGGGACACAAAAUUCUACGGCGUUGAAAAACAAAAUGAAUCAUAUAAUGAAAAAGUUUUUAGAUUCUUUACCAAUAACUCCACCAUCAAAUAUCUCAACAAUGCCAGCCACUUCACGUAUUAAAGUGGAUGAUUUAUCAAAUACAAUCUCUAAAAGAUUAGAUUUGGAUCCAAUAAUGGUUUUUUUGGAACACAAAGUUGCUGCAUUACAUGAUUUGGCCAUAAAAUCAUCUCAAAAUGCUGCAUUAUUCCAUGAAUUUGGGAGAAUAUGGGAGAGCGUUACAAAACUAAUGAAUUCUCAGGAAGAAAAGUUGGAGAGUAUUCUCAACGAUGAUUCGAAUUCUAAAUUAGUUACACGUAUCUUGAAUUCCACUUUAGAACAAUUGAAAUCCACCCUAUCUGCAUUGAAGAGCAACCCUGUAACAAGUGGUAGCCCUCGAGAUGAAGUCUUAAUUUCAUUAAUAACAAGCGAGUAUAAUGCGAUAGAACAGGCUGUGAAACUUGUAUCGCCUGACCUUCGAACUAUAGGAGAACUCAAUUCUAGCGGGGGCCUACCCCCUUCGUCUUCAAAACCUACAAGUCAAGUGUACCCAGUUAGUACCAGUGACACCAAGCUGACUACAAAAAUGGAAUAA